CUUUUUCUCUCGCUCUCUUCCUUUACAAUGUUCCAAAGAAGGAGAAAUUCAAGAACAAACACUGUACACUUUGGUCCCCCUUUGCGUCCUUAGGGCCGUUUUUGAGGAACAUUGGAUUUGUGUGCACUGUGCAGCUAUUCCACAAUAUGUGGUCCGAGGUCUGCUGCUGACAGUUUUACGUUCAGUUCAAGAUUCACAUCAAUCCGUAAAUUCACGAACCGUCCGUACACUUACCUUGGCCUUAUUUACAGCGUGGAAAUUAAGUUCAGGAACGUGCGUGGCUGAGAAAUAGACUAAAAUAGUCUAUGUGUAGACACAUGGAAUGGAUAGAUAUCAGUAAUUCGAGAAUUUCAAGCAAAUAUAAGCUCUAGCAAGUGUGCAGAUGGAAAUUACUCAAUCAGAGCAAAACCCGCCUGCACGGGCUUUCAAACACAGAUGGCGAUCUGGAUAGAGCAGGAAAGACGGAGGAAAUAGUUCCAACUACGACCACCAGAGGCAACAGGAUGCUCCAGGGUAGGCUUAGAGCAAAUUUAUUAUUUUAGAGUUUUACAAUUGCAUAAUGUUCUCGUCGUGGAUUCGUACAAUAUUUGUAAAUUCUUCAGUUUUUUUUUUUUUCUUAUUGGUCCACUUAUAAUACAGUGGGGAAUAAUACUCUAACAUCGGUAGAUUUGUCUGUAAAAAACAUACGUUUACAGAUAUAGGUGGUGAGGUAUGUCUGUCAUUAGCAUUGAUGAGAUAAGAGCAGUGACUGCUACUUCUGCUGUGGCAACUGACAGCUUCACACGUUCACGUUGAAAACAGAGCACGCGGCUCUCCAUGCUUGCGGACGACGCUCUGACUACGACUGAGCCGGCGCCACUGCCUCUUGAUUUAUAUAGCCCACUAAAAAUAGCUCACCUUUCAGCGCUAUGUAUGGUGUGAUUGACAGAGGCAAGCGACCAACGGCAGUACGAAGCCUAAUUUGACUCCGCCUGAAUACAGAUUUUAGCGCCGCCCUAAUUGGUCGCAAGCAAAGUCAUCAACCCUAUUUACCUUAUAUGGUUACGUGCUGAAUUGACUGACAACUGUACACGCCCCCAAACCGCUCUCCGUCGCUGCCCCCUUCUGAAUCGCCCUUGGCUCGCACUCGGUACGAAGUAGGCGAGCUCUGCUUCUUGCUUGCGAUGAAGUAGAGCAGGGGACGGGUACCUGGAAUCUAGUAAGAUUGCAAUUUUGAAAUGCGGAUAGCCUGUUUGAUGGACAUUUUGUGAGAGAGCUUGCAUCCUACUCUCAAGACUGAAACCGCAGCGCGCUAACUAAAGCGUACGGACUUGCACGUCCAAGUUGUCACACAAUUUACAAAUAUUGUUUUCCCUAAUUACAUAGUUCAUAUUUUUCCAUUUUUAUGUAGCUCUCACAGUUUUAUCGCAUAGGAUUGGUCAUAUCGGAUCUGAAUGGUUUUUGACGUAUUUGAUCAAGCGAAAGUGGAUUCUCUGUAUUGUGGAUCAAAGUCGCCAAAUAGCACGUCGACCAACAACAUGGAUGUUUUGGCGAAUUACAGUAUUUUCCAGGAACUCCAGCUCGUCCAUGACACUGGCUACUUCUCCGCGAUGCCGUCCUUGGAGGAGAACUGGCAGCAGACUUGUUUGGAGCUGGAGCGCUAUCUGCAGACGGAGCCCAAGCGUCUCUCGGAGAUCUUCGACGAGGAGCUCGACUCCCUGCUCACCACCUCCUUCACGAAGGACGACAGCGAGGAGGAGCUCUCCGACCCCCUGCUCCCUGGCCUAGCCGAGCCUCCAAGCCCGACACCGCCACUCCUUAGCCCACCCAGGGAGCGCGAGCACCCGUCACCCCCGUCCGGCAAAGAGAGCCCGGACCCGCGGGUGGGCGCCGGGGCCGGUUCCGGUACCGGAGGGGUGAACGCGGCCCAGCUGAGUGCAGUCACCUCCCUGACGCCGCCGUCUUCCCCGGAGCUGGGCCGCCACCUGGUCAAGCCGGCCCAGACGCUCAGCGCCUCGGCCGACGGCACACUCACUCUCAAGCUUGUGGCGCGCAAGGUGGGCCUCAGCGCCGCCAAGCUGGUGGCCGCCCACUCCCUGCCGCUGCCCGCCCGGCUCGGGGACGAGGGCGCCGGGGAAGGGGGCGCCUGCCCGGGGUCCGGAGGUGGAGCCGCGGGCGGAGGGGAGGUCCCAGAGAACAAGAAGAGGGUGCACCGCUGCCAGUUCAACGGCUGCCGAAAGGUUUACACUAAGAGCUCCCACUUGAAGGCGCACCAAAGGACACACACAGGUGAGAAGCCUUACAAGUGCUCAUGGGAAGGCUGCGAGUGGCGGUUCGCCCGGAGUGACGAGCUGACGCGGCACUACCGCAAACACACCGGCGCCAAGCCCUUCAAGUGCAACCACUGCGACAGGUGUUUCUCGCGAUCAGACCACUUGGCACUACACAUGAAGAGGCACAUCUGAGGAAGGAGAAAGAGGAGGAGGAGAGAAAGAGAGAGAGGGUGAGGAGAAAAGAAGAGAGGAGAGAGAGGAGAGAGGAACAUUAAGACUGUAAGAGCGAAAGAGAAAGAGAGAGAGAGAGAGAGAGAGAGCGGCGGGACUUAUCAAAUGAACAGUGAUCCUGGCCCCAUCUUGAGAGAAAAAAAGACCCAACGACAAAAAACUGAAACACAAAAAAAAAAAAAAAAAAAGACUGAAAACACAAGAACUGCUAACUGAUCAUCUGCUCACAAAACAAAAAACUGGUCUCUGAUCAGCUCGUAUGGCUGUCAAACUGAUCUCCAAUCAGCUUGUAUGGCUGUCAUGGUUAGUGUUGUUUUUUUUUUUGUCUUUUCUUUUUUUGUUUUGGCCAAAGACUUCUUCGGAGGAGUGGUGCAACAGAUGGAAGCCAUGUUGUGUCAACGUGGCCACCUUCCAGCACCCAAGCCUGAGCCAUGGGAUCAGGUACUGCCAGGCAACAAUGGCGUGCGAUCUAAUCACGUAACUCGCGGUUCUUAUUUUUAACUAGCGGAGCUCGAGGGACAGCGUUUCGAGAGCCUGCACCUAUCAGCGAAGGACACAUCUGUGGUUUCGUGUUUGCCCCAAGUGAACACCCGUGCUUGCGCUGGUAUGCUCAGCCCCCACGAUUCAUGCACUUGUGCCAGAGAAAAGAUGGUUGCUAAUUUGCAAGCUGCGGUGACUCGUCUACGAGGAAUGUCGUCAUUCAAAAUACGACCAAAAUGGGAGACGUUUCUCUUAGUGCUCUGCACGGACACAAACCCAAAGUGGGUUCCCUACCUUCCUCUGAAGAGCGUAUCUCUCUCUCUCCUUUUUUUCUCUCUCCCUCUCUUUUUCAGCCACUUAUGAGCUGCGCAGCGACACUUUUGGACCUUUUAUAUUAUAUUAAAAAAGAAUCUCGUUUGGAACUACUAUGUCUUAACUAAAAAUUGCGUAACUUUUCUCCCCUGCUUUUAUGAACUUCAUUGUGGAAUGGACGUGCACAGAAGUGAGAAAAAAAAAUGAAAAAAAAAUUUGCCAUAUGCACAAGCUUUGCGAAAGCCCACCACAGCCAGCCGUCGCGCCAAAAUC